UUUGCAGAGUCAAACGGAACAAUUGAAGAGCAGUGUCCAGAUUCUUUGUUUGCGUUGGAUGGAAGAUGUUUCUGGAGAAGCAAUGUAUCCGUGUCAUUUUGGGAAGCAGAAAGAGAAUGUCAGAUUAAAGGGGGCCAUCUUGCUUCUGUUCCUGAUAAUGAGACACUGGAAUUCUUUAAAUUCGAAAUAUCAAAAAUCCCUUCAAAGCAGUAUACAUGGAUUGGAAUCCGUUACAUUUCCAAUAACAAAACAUACGUGGACAUGUUUAAUCAGACCCAAAAUUUCACUGAUUGGGAGGUCAACGAACCAUCAGUUAUCGUUCGUCGCUCAGCAAAGUAUGUCAGCUUGAGAAAGCAGGACGGUGGCUGGUAUACGUUUCCUAAUAGAUACCUUUUUUCGGCUGUGUGCUCUAGAAGGACCGCUUGCAGGGGGUCUGAACUCCCACUGAAUGCCUCCACCCAGCUGCUACAUCCUUUCAGUGACACUGUGACGGACCUGGUGUUUGAGUUUGGGUCGGAGGUCAGACUCAGACAUGACCGGCUCCUUAUCACGGUAGUGUGUCUUCACACUGGGUUCUGGAAACCUGGUAAUACCACAGGUUGCUUGUGUCCAUGUGACAGGGUUCCUCUUCUUGAUAACGAGACUUCGGUGGCACAGAAAAUUGUUAAAAUCAAACAAGAACUCCUCUUGAAGAAGGAUGAAUUAUCUACCAUCAAAAGACGUAAAACUUCUGUUUUGGACAUUCGGCCUUCAGCCUUCGCUCUUGGCAGCAUGCUUGGGGUUGGAAUAAUCACAGCAUUGGUCGUUGUCAUUGUAAUCAGCGAUUUGCCGUUGCUAGGCAAUCAAAUUAAACUUUGGCAUCAUAAGAUAAAACCUAGAUGAUUUUUUUUCCGUUUGUUCAUAUGAUAAGGUUUUCCAAUGUAUGGUCUUUUUUUCUUUCAUUUGAGAGAAAGAUUCGUCUGUCAGUGUUUUGGUCCAAUUUAAAUUGCUUAGUCUACCUAUGUUAAUUAUCAGGCACGUAGCAUCGGUAGGGGGUGAAGGGGCGCGCAUGAGGGGGUGGACCAGAAGGCAUGUCCCAUGUUCGUUUUCUCACAAGAAACGUUUUUACCUAAUAUAGAAAUUUGAUUUUGGAAGUUAAUUAAGAUAAGGUGAAGAUUUAGGUACUGCACCCCCUCCCCACCCCACAUCCCGGACGAAAAAGGUUU